AAUCCGGCUGCGCCGUCGGAGGAUCGGCGGAUCAAGCAUCAGCAAUGCGUUCAUGUCCCGAGGAAUCCGAAAGUCCGUCCUACCCUCGCCUAACCUCUAUACAGGACAAGACAACUCUGUUUCUCUGAUAGAGACAGAUAAAAGAGACCAAAUCGCGAAGAUGAAAGUCCACAUCACAAAAGAGCAUUCUCAACAACCACUCCAUCUUCACUUCAAUCAAAAUGGUCGGCUUUGAUAUGCGCGGUUUGACCCCGGCUCCGGUCACCCCCUUCACCGAGGACGGCGCGGUGGACUAUGAGGCCAUCCAGCGUCUUGGAUCCUGGCUCGGCAGUAUCGAUGGCGUCAAAGGUCUCGUAGUUCUCGGUCACGCCGGCGAGGGUACCUUCCUCACUAUCGAUGAGCAAUUGUCUGUCAUCAAGGCUUUUGUCAAGUCAGUCGACAACAAGGUGCCUAUUAUCGCCGGCAUUACCGGCGAGGGCACGGAAGUUGCAGCGCUUGAGGCCAAGCGUGCGAAAGAAGCUGGUGCAUCUGCUGGCCUUCUCUAUCCUUCCCACGGCUGGCUGCGGUUUGGAUAUCAACCCGGUGCUCCUCAAGAUCGAUACCGCCGUGUUUACGAAGUUUCCGGUCUGCCAUUGAUUCUCUUCCAAUAUCCCGACAACACGAAAGCCAACUACAACCUUCAGACGAUGCUUGAUAUCGCUGCCCAGCCUGGCUGUUUCGCUAUGAAGAACGGCGUGCGCAACAUGCGUCGAUGGGACACCGAGAUCCCCGUUAUUCGGGCUCAACGCCCUGAUCUCCAGAUCCUCAGCUGCCACGACGAAUACCUCCUGCACACCGCAUUCGACAUCGAUGGCUUCCUCGUCGGCUACGGCAACAUUGCGCCCGAGCCCUUGAUCGAGCUGAUCAAGGCUGGCAAGGCCAAGGACUACAAAAAGGCGCGAGCUAUCCACGAUCAGCUCUUGCCCGUUACCAAGAGCGUUUAUCAUCGUGGGUCUCAUAUGGAAGGCACUGUGGCGCUCAAGCAUGCCCUUGUUGCUCGGGGAAUUCUAAACCACGCCACUGUUCGUCCGCCUCUUUUGCCCCUCGAGUCUGGAGCGGAGGAGGAAAUCCAUGCCGCAAUCAAUGCUGCAUCACUCAGCAAGGUGGCUCUGUGAUAAGUUCAUCAGGUUCAUGAAUCAUUUCAAUUGACUGUACAUAGACAAGAAAUUUUUCCUUUUCAUCCCAGCUGGGUG